GAUAGAAGGCAUAGUUGGAAUCAGUUCGCAAUUAAGACAACAUCAUGAAAUUAUUUUGCUUUGCUUUGUUUAUGGCAUUGUUUGCUACAGGUUUUGCUAGUCUCUUGCAUGGAGUUUUCAAAGAUGAUGCCCAUCCUGGCAAAUGUGUUUACAAGGGUCUAGUUUUGGCACCCGGUGAAGAAGGAAAAGUCAAAGGAGAAUGUUUGCGUGUGACGUGUGAAAAUGCCGAUGGAUUAACAGAACUUGCUGGCUGCCCAGUGCAAGGGGUAGAGCCCCCUUGUAAAUUGGGAGAUUACGUUAAUCUUGAUGCCCCCUAUGGAGAGUGCUGUAAAAGACAAAUCCUAUGUGAUUAGAGUACGAAAUUGUAAAAAUUUACAAAAAUAAACACUAUGCAUUUACAAAACAAA